GACGCCGCGCGCGCGAAAGCAGGUCGCCCGCGCGCCGCGUCGAGAGCGAUGGCGAAGGCCGCGGCGGCGACGGCGCGCGGGAGCAAGCGACGCGCGGCGUCGGACGCGGACGCGACGCCGUCGUCGGGGAAGAAGGCGAAGAAGAAUGCGAAGAAAUCGAAAUCGAGCGCGAAGAAGCGAUCCGACGGCGACGCGCACGGGUGGCGCCCGCUCCCCGUCCGCCUCGACUUCGGCAGCGCGUUCACGCGCCACCUCUUCGUGCGCGUCCCGUCCGCGAACGCCGCGGAGGGCGCCACGGAGGGCACCGCGCUGUUCGUCGCGGCGAUCCCCCUCGGAUGGACGCGCGCGCAUCUCCGAGAGCUCUUCGAGGAAAACUUUGGCGCGGUCGAGGAGACGUCGCUCGUGACCUUGGACGCCGCGCCCGACGUCGCGGGCGGCCUGGUGCGCUUCGCGUCCGCGAGCGGCGCGAAGAAGGCGCUCGCGGCGAGCGUCCGCGGGGGCGACGCGCUCGACCCGCCCGCGUCGCUGGCGCCGACGUCGAUCGGCCUGGAGAAGUGGGUCGGACAUCAUCGACACGCGCGGCCGGGGAGCGAGGCGUUGGGGAGACGGAUAGACGAGUGGUUCGAGGCGUUCGAGGCGGAGGAGGCGAGGAAGGAGGCCGCGGCGAAGGCUGCCGGGGAGGGAGACGACGGGUGGACCGUCGUGGAGGCGAAGCGAGGAAGGAGGAAGACGACGGAUGAUGAGGGCACCGCGGUGGGCGGGAUCCGAGCGGCGACCGCGGACGCGAGGCGAACGGCGGGGCCGACGCCGAGGGAGAACUUCUACCGGUUUCAACAGCGCGAGAAGCGCCGAGGCGAGCUGUUCGAGCUGAAGCAGAAGUUCGAGGUGGACAAGGAGAGGGUCGCGAAGCUCAAGGCGAGCCGCAAGUUCAGGCCGUUGUGACGCGGCGCGAUCUCGCGGGCGUUGGCGCGCGCGACAGCUGUGUGACCAGACUCCUUUAAUCACGAUAAAAGAAUUCUCG